UCAAAUGUGGAAACACUAGCUGCGCGCCACCGCCACGUUUCGCCCAGUCUUGUUAGUUGUUCAAUCACCAGUAAUUUUAUAAAAUCUUCUUUUGCCGGAAAUUAACUACAGAAAUAUAUCCAAAAUGAGUGCUCCAGCACCGGCGCCUGCUUACAAAAUUGGUAUAGUGAAGCAGGUACUAUCGGGAGAUACGAUUGUGAUAAGAAGACAGCCACAGGGCGGGCCGCCUCCAGAGAAAAUAAUCGCUCUUUCUGGAAUCACCGCGCCUAAACUAGCGCGCCAGAGGACUGCCAACAAUGAUACUGAAACCAAGGAUGAGCCGUACGCUUGGGAGGCUCGCGAAUUCCUCAGGAAGUUAGUAGGCAGAGAGGUAAUUUUUACAGCUGAGAAACCUCCUAACUCAGCAACCAGGGAGUAUGGUAGUGUGUGGGCUGGAAAGGACCCCACUAAAGACGAAAACUUGACUGAAGCUCUUCUCGCUGAGGGAUUAGCUAAAGUUAGAGAUGGUGGCAGAAACAUACCCCAGCUGAAGAGACUUGUUGAGAUUGAAGAUGUAGCGAAAUCACAAGGAAAAGGUAUCUGGGGAAGCGAUCUGCAGGAUCAUGUUCGAGACAUCAAAUGGAGUGUUGAGAGCCCAAAGCAGUUUGUCAACAAAUUCAACAAUCUGCCAAUCAAAGCCAUCAUUGAGUAUGUGCGCGAUGGUUCUACUGUCCGGCUUUGCCUGCUGCCGGAGUUCUAUCAGAUCACGCUCAUGCUGUCUGGUAUUAGAUGCCCUUCAGUCAGACAAGACGGCGAAUCUGAACCCUACGCUGAAGAAGCUCGCUUCUUCCUCGAGUCCAAGCUGCUCCAGAAGGAUGUGGAGGUGGUUUUGGAAUCUGUCAAUAAUAACAACUUUGUAGGGACUAUUUUACACCCACAAGGAAACAUCGCGGAAGCUCUCUUGAGACAGGGUUUCGCCAGAUGCGUUGAUUGGUCUCUUGCUGUUAUGAAGCAGGGUGCCAGCACUCUGAGGGCUGCUGAAAAGCAGGCUAAGGACGCCAGGCUCCGCAUUUGGACAAACUACACCAGCAAUGCCCCUAUCAUUGCUGCUAAAGACAAAGAAUUUACUGCAUCUGUCAUGGAAGUGGUAAAUGGAGACGCACUUGUUGUGAAGAUGCCUAACAACACCCAGAAGAAAAUAUUCUUGGCUAGCAUUAGACCACCGCGCGAAAAGAACAGUCCAGAUGAGGAGGGUAAGAACUCACCACGCCCUAAAGGAUUUAAACCCCUUUAUGACAUUCCGUGGAUGUAUGAAGCUCGCGAAUUCCUCAGGAAGAAAGUAGUGGGCAAGAAAGUCAAUGUCACUGUUGAUUACAUUCAGCCCGCUAAAGAUAACUUUCCAGAGAAGAGUUGCUGCACUGUCAUUUCAGGGGGAGUAAAUUUGGCGGAAGCACUCGUGUCCAAGGGCUAUGCUACUGUCGUGAGAUACAGGAACGAUAAUGACCAGAGAAGCUCUCACUACGACAAACUCCUGGAAGCAGAACUUAAAGCUCAGAAAGCUGGCAUUGGUGUUCAUGCCAAGAAGGACAUACCCACUCACCGCAUCCAGGAUACGAGUGGCGACUCUGCCAAAGCUAAGAAGUUCUUCCCCUUCCUUAAGCGUGCACAGAAGACUGAGGCAACUGUUGAAUUUGUUGCCAGUGGAUCUCGCAUGCGCAUAUACAUACCGAAGGAGUCGGUCCUGGUUACAUUCUUACUUGCUGGCAUCAACUGCCCUAGGGGCUCUCGCCCAGCCGUCGGGGGUGCCGGUGGAAUGCAAAACGCUGAGCCAUUUGGAGAAGAAGCCUUACAGUUCACCAAGGAAAAGUGCUUGCAACGCGACGUAGUUGUCACCAUCGAGGAGAUGGACAAAGCUGGCAAUUUCAUUGGAUGGCUGUGGGUGGAGAAUGAGAACUUGUCGGUGGCUCUUGUUGAGAAUGGACUAGCAACAAUGCACCACACUGCCGAAUCCUCAGAAUUCGCCAGACAGAUUAAGAAUGCUGAAGAAAAUGCUAGCAAGAAUCGUUUGGGCUUAUGGAAAGAUUUCGUAGAGGUUGAAAAGGAGGCUGAAAAAGAAAGGAAUGCCCCCAUACAAGACCGCACUGUCAAAUAUGAUAAGGUGAUCAUUACUGAAGUUACACCGGAGGGCAACUUCUAUGCUCAAAACAUUGACAUGGGCAGUCGACUUGAAAGUCUGAUGGAAAAAAUUCAUCAGGAAUUUAAGUCAAAUCCUCCACUAGGUGGAGCUUACAUGCCAAGGCGGGGCAACAUUUGUGCAGCUCGGUUCACAUUGGAUGAUCAAUGGUACAGGGCUAAGGUGGAGAAGAUAACUGAAGAUAAACUGGCUCAUGUGUUCUACAUUGAUUACGGAAACCGCGAGGUGCUGAGCACCGCCAGAUUGGCGGCUUUACCUGCCGGUACAGAGAUUGAGCCGCCAUAUGCCAACGAGUAUGUGCUAUGCUGCGUUAAGUUCCCAUCGGAUCCUGAUGACCGAUCUGAGGCCGUUGCAGUCUUCUCGGCCGACACGCUUAACAGGAAACUGCUUCUUAACGUUGAGACUCGUGGCUCUCCUCAAGGUGUUACCCUUGUUGAUCCUAACACCAACGUCGACGUUGGCAAGAACCUGAUCAAGGAGGGACUCGUGCUGAUGGAGUCGCUGCGCGACCACCGCCUGGCCGGGCUGGUGGCUGAGUACCGUGCCGCCCAGGAGCACGCCAAGAGCUCGCGCCUGAGCCUGUGGCGGCACGGAGAUAUCACCGACGAUGAUGCGGUGGAAUUUGGUGCGCGUCGCUAGCGGGACGCCACGGCUUCUCCCACGCACCGUCAAAAGUGCGCUACCUGCACAUCGUCGUUACACAUCCAUUCUACCGUUUACAAAGUCAUCUUUCCAUUUCUGUGAAUGCGUUCAUAAUAUUUAACCGAUUUCUAAUAAGUAUCGAUACUACCACACUGACGUCUUUCUUGUAUUCAUUUCCAUCGGAGAUAAUCCGUUUAAUACAUAUUCAAUACUUAGAAAUCGUGAUUAAAAAUAUAAAUGGGCAAAUAUAAUGACUAAUCGGUAAUUUAGUGUAAUUUCAUGUGUAGCGAGGGAGGAGUCUUAAAGAACUUUUGAACAUUUCGCGUAAUAUGAUACUCGUGGCAAGCUGCCGCUAAAAUUUGUAUUUCUGCAAAUAUAAUAUUAUUGUCAGGUUUAAGCAACGUAUAAUAAUUAUACAUAAAA